AUUGAGGCCCUGAGCUCCUCCUCGGCUUAAUAAUAGAAAGCCAUAGAGCCUGACUCCAAUUUCGCUCUCCUUUUUCUUCAUUCUCUCUCUCUCAAAGAAAAAGAGAACAGAAGAAUUUUCUUUCUCUCUCUUUCACUGCAGCUAUACUAGUUAGUACUUCACCACACAUAUUCAAACGCACAUGCGUACGUAUAUUCACCCAGCCUCAGAGCCACACAAUUUGCUUUCUUUCUUCUUCUUGUUUGCAGAUUUUUGAUCAGCAACCACUUUUUCUCACUUCAAUUUCUAGCUCUCCCUCUCCAGACUUCAGCUAAAAAUGGUUCAAUUCUGAUUUUUCGGUGUUGUAUCUUGAGAAUUAAGUGAGAACAGAGGUAGAAGUACAGUCCAGUCCUUUUGAGCAUGUCUAAACAAGUGAUGCAGUCAAUGAAUGAUAGCACAGGGAAGAGUAGGGAAACUAUGCAAUCUUAUCAGCCUGGUUGGAUGUCUCAUUGGAUGAGGACGCCAAGUAAUGCAACUAAAGAUCAACGACGAGAUGACGGUGCUUCUAGGGGUAAGGAUACCGACCUUUUGUCUAGGGGCGAUCAUAUGAAAAUGGAGGCUUCUAGGUCUGCCAAGUAUCCACGAACAAUGGGGGGUGAUGCUGAAAGUUGUAGAAUGAGUUCAAAAGGAUUGGGUGCUGAGGAAUUGUGCAGUGCUAAAAUAAAAAAUGGCAACCCUGAUGAUGCAAGAAGGCUAAGCAUUGAUCACAGCCUUGGCUAUGACGAAGCUAGUAGCUGUAAGGGUGGAGUUCAGUUAUCUUCAGGAGCUCUAGCUGCAGAGGGAAAAUCCUCAAGAGAGUAUCGUUUCAUCAGUGAAGGCGUUUCGAAGAAACCUGUUGAGUGGGUGAAACCACAUGUCUCUGUCAAUGAAAGAAGUUCUUCUGCUUCAACUCCUUCUCGGGAAAGAUUUGUUGGACCUCCAACACAUACAACGCCAUAUCAUGAUGUUGAAAGAUACAAGUUUGACAAAGGGAAAGCUGUUAUGGGACCGUCUAUAAGUAGACCUGCCAUUGUUCCCAAUACUCAAGUUCCAGAUUUAAUCGGGCAAGAACACAGCCAGAAGCACUCCCAGUCAGCAGAUGUAAUUUGGGAUAACCAGCAUAGGUUGAAACCUGGUCAAGGCUGGUUCCAAAGGAUGCAGCAUAUUACCUCAUUGCCUCCAAACCAAUGCAUUGCUCCAGAGAAGAAUGAACAGAAGGCGUCACGCUAUGACUGCUACCCAUUCCAGAAUCUUCAAAGUGGUGUUCAUGAGACAAUGAGAAUAUGCACUACUGUGGACUCUAUAGAAGCCACACCUGAAGGUUUUCCUAUGUUUUCUCAGACAACUCGCAGUUUGUUAAUCACAAAAAAGAAUGAUGUCAAUGUAUCUGAAGAAACUGGUGCUUUUAGAAGGUUAAUUGCUCGAAUUAAUGGAAACUCAUCCAAUGAUCCAUUCCCUGGCCAAGCGAAUAGCGGGGUGAAGCUUCAACCAAUUAGUUCAUCCAACAGUGAAGGGCAUGGAAAUGCUGGGGAUAUUGGUGUUGGAACUUCUAAGGCUGCUUCAAAGAAUGAAUCAUCAGCUGAAACAGACACCUUAGUUAUGGACAAUUUUAAGGAGGAGAGACUAAAUUCCGGUGUGAAUUCUAUGCAGUCAACCAAGAUUCCCAAUUCGGACAAUAACCUAUCACCAUGGGUCAAUGCUGCUUCCUCAAGAGAGCUUCGACAUCGUUGGGCAAGCUCUGGGCUACCGCCAGUUGCAAGUUCAUCAGAGGACGUCCCUACUUCCUCAAGAACUCAGAGUUUGGAGAUGGACAUGCCACUGUUCCAAGCAGAGCAGCCUGAACUGAAAUCUACUCCAAGUUCCAGAUGGGUCAAACGUCUCAAGAACUCAUCCGAUUGCUCUAGUCGAGGCACAAAGACCUUGAACAUGGCUGAAAGUUUAUCGCAUGAAAAAAAGAGAGCCUUUUUCAGAAGUAUACUUAACAAAGGCUUCGUCAGCUCAGAGCCAACUCCAAAACAGCACCACGGGAAAGAAAUGUUUUUGUCCGAAGGAAGUGGAAACUCCUCAAAGGAGGAUGAGCACUUGUCACCGAACCUACCAAGUAAGAGCAAGGAGCUGUUGCUUUCACAUUUUUGGAUAAAAAGGUGGCUCUGUAACGGGUCACAAGUUCCCCGAGAGAAACCUGAAACACGGGUAGUUUGUGAGCCACAGGUUCUGAAAUCAUCAGCGGAUGACCUCCAAAAGAAGCAGUUCCCCAGCAUUGCAGCUAUAGCAGUGAUGGGGAAGUCUAUGGCUGGUUUCCAGUCAUGCGAGCUGGAGAAGAGGGGCUCGUUGACUGUUUGGAAGACAAACACUAGCUAGAAGGAUGGCAACCACAUUUGGCUUAUGGAGAUCUAUCUACUUGGUGUUCUAUAUGCAGAAGAUUGUGGCCAAAUUGUCCUUUGAUCAAGCAAUGAUGACAGCGGCUACACACAUGCAUGACUGUCUUUGGUCAUUGGAAUGCAUUUCUGGUGCCUCUUCCCAAGUUGGUAAGAAUGCAUCUCAAUGCGUCAGUCUUCUAUGGCAUGUGAAUUCCAGUUAUGUAUGUAUAGGCGGGAGGAUUGAUGAGCAAUGUGGUUGUAUCAAUAUGGAGGGUCAAGUGUGAAACUUGCCCCAGUGUUGUUUAGACUUGAAACAUAUGGUUUUAGUAAUAAGAGAUUUUGCUUAUUUA